AUGGUCGUCAUCUCAUCAGUGACCUGUAUUACAGGCAUCAGCUCCCUUCUGGCUGGUAUAGUCACUGUUUGCAUUCCAGCCAUGGCUCGAGAUGUUCAUCUUGAUGGCAACCUUCUCUUAUGGCCUGCUUCUGUCUACGCCUUGACCUGCGGAUGCACACUCCUACUGUCAGGCGCCAUGGCCGACCUCUACGGCGCUCGAACACUCUACCUUAUGGGAUGCUUCUUACAAUCAGUCUUUACCCUUGCCUGCGGGCUGGCGAACACGGGAAUCCAGCUCAUCAUGUUCCGUGCCUUUGCCGGAAUUGCCAUCUCCAUGUGCCUCCCCUCCGCCGUUAGUAUUAUAACACACGCGUUCCCCACAGGCAAGCGAAGAAACAUUGCCUUUGCAUCGAUGGGCGGAGGCCAACCUAUUGGGUUCUCUGUUGGCCUCAGUGUUGGUGGUGUGUUCACAGAUACGAUUGGCUGGAGGUGGGGAUUCCACAUCGCCGCAAUCAUCAACACAAUCAUCUUCCUCAUUGCGCUGAAGUGGUUGCCUGGCAUCGGCAAGAGAGACCCGGUCACUUGGCACCGAUUCAGGACCGAGGUUGAUUGGGUUGGAGCGUUCCUGGCCAGCGCUUUCCUGUCAAUGGUCUCUUAUGUGCUUGCUGCGAUCACCGAUAGCACUCAGGAUAUCAAGAAACCAGAGAAUAUCGCACUGCUCGCCAUCUCUGCCGUGCUAAUCGGCGGGUUCGUUGCCUGGGUCGAAAAACAAGAGCGCUUGGGUAAACCAGCCAUUAUCCCAAACUCACUCUGGAAGAAUCGCAGCUUCACUAGCAUCUGCAUCAGUGUCUUCAUGGUAUGGGGUGCCUUCAACGCGACCGAGCAGCUCAGCUCGUUUUACUUCCAAUAUGUGCAGCGGCUCACCGCAAUCGACACAUCGGUGCGCUUCCUGCCGGCCCCCGUGGGCGGAGUCCUGGCCAACAUCGUCGCCGGUCUCGUGGUCCACCGCGUCCGGGCAGACCUAGCGAUUCUCAUCGCCGUCGCCCUGGCGUGUCUGUCGCCGCUAUUGAUGGCGAUCGCCGACCCCGCGUGGUCCUAUUGGAUCUGCGUCUUCUGGGCCAUGUUCAUGAACGCUAUUGGCGCUGACACGUUAUUCACAAUCUCUAAUCUGCUGAUCACAUCGCUGUUUCCGGCCAAAAAGCAGGCGGUGGCCGGAGGGGUAUACAACGCCAUUGCUCAAAUCGGUAAAAGCGUAGGGCUGGCUUCAUCGGGCGCCAUUGCGAGUGCCGUGACCGCCCGGUCGAACUUCGCCGACAAGGAGAGCCCGAUGGCGUUGUUGGAGGGUUACCGGGCGUCGUUUUGGUACUGCUUCGCGCUUUACGGCGCAACCUUGUUUGUGACGGUUUUGGGACUCAGGAAGAUCGGCAAAGUGGGUGUCAAAAAGGAGUAA